ACUCAUAUACAUAUCUCAUAUUUUCUUUGUUACUAUAACAGCAACAUCAAUAACAAAAUUAAGCAAAAAAAAUGGGACUUUUCCUUUCUCCUAAUAAUAAGAGAAAUAGAAUACAAGUUUCAUUAUUAUUAUCACCCAUGUGUGUGCUACUUUUUAUUUCAUCAUGCAAUAUAGCAUCAUCUACAAAUUUACCACACAACACUUUCAUUCAUUGCCUUGUAAACCAUUCACAAACAUCAUACCCUAUAACUUCAGCAAUAUUCACACCAAACAAUCCUUCAUUCUCUUCAGUCUUACAAGCCUAUAUAAGAAACCUUCGUUUCAACACAUCAACAACAAGAAAACCAUUUCUCAUAAUCACAGCAUUGCAUGUUUCACACAUACAAGCAUCAAUCAUUUGUGCUCAAAAACACAACUUACAAAUGAAAAUAAGAAGUGGUGGACAUGACUAUGAAGGUGUCUCUUAUGUAGCUGAAGUUCCAUUUUUUAUACUUGACAUGUUCAAUCUUAGAUCAAUUGAUAUUGAUAUAGAAAAUGAAACAGCUUGGAUUCAAAGUGGUGCAACACUUGGUGAAGUUUACUAUAGAAUUGCUGAGAAAAGUGAAAUUCAUGGUUUUCCAGCUGGUGUUUGUCCUACUGUUGGUGUUGGAGGACAUGUUAGUGGUGGUGGUUAUGGUAAUUUGAUGAGAAAAUAUGGUCUUUCUGUUGACAAUGUGAUUGAUGCACAAAUCAUUGAUGUUAAUGGAAAAUUACUUGAUAGAGAAGAAAUGGGUGAAGAUCUUUUUUGGGCUAUAAGAGGUGGUGGUGGUGCUAGCUUUGGUGUUGUUCUUUCUUACAAAAUUAAGUUAGUGAAAGUUCCUAAGAUAGUAACUGUUUUCCAAGUUAGGAAAACUUUGGAGGAAAAUGCAACAAAUAUAGUUUAUAAUUGGCAACAUGUGGCACCAACUAUUGAUAAUGAUCUUUUCAUUAGGCUUAUUAUGGAUGUUGUGAAUACUACAAAAAAUGGUACAAAAACUAUAAGGGCUAGUUUUAUAGCUCUAUAUCUUGGUGACUCAAAAUCUCUUGUUUCAUUAAUGAAUAAGAGUUUUCCUCAAUUGGGUUUGAAGGAAAGUGAUUGCAUUGAAACAAGUUGGAUUAAAUCUGUUCUGUUUUGGACUAAUAUAAAUUUAACAGAAAAAGUUGAGAUUUUGCUUGAUAGACAACCACAAUCAUUGAACUACUUGAAGAGAAAAAGUGAUUAUGUGAAGAAGCCAAUUUCAAAGAAGGGUUUGGAAGGGAUUUGGAAGAAGAUGAUUGAGUUGGAAGGUGCAAUAUUAUAUUUUAAUCCUUAUGGUGGAAAAAUGGCUGAAAUUUCAUCAAAAGAAACUCCUUUUCCUCAUAGAGCUGGUAAUUUGUGGAAGGUUCAAUAUCAAGCUAAUUGGAAUGAGGCAGGAAAAGAUGUUGCUGAUUAUAAUAUAAAUUUGACUAGAAAACUUCAUAAAUAUAUGACACCUUUUGUCUCCAAAAAUCCAAGAGAGGCUUUUUUUAAUUAUAAGGAUCUUGAUUUGGGAAUUAACCAUAAUGGUAAGGAUAGUUACAUUGAAGGGAGAGUUUAUGGAGUUGAAUAUUUUAAGGAUAAUUUUAAUAGAUUGGUUGAAAUUAAGUCUAAGGUUGAUCCUGAUAAUUUCUUUAGGAAUGAACAAAGUAUCCCUAUUCUGCCUCAUAGGAAGAACUAAAAAGUUGUUUGUGACUUAUUCAUUUCUUAGUUAAUUGUAUUGUACUAAUAAGUUUGAUUGUGUGGAAAUAAACUUGGUGUAUAAAACCUGCUAAUUAGUUACUACAUUAUAAUUAUGUAAGUUCAAUAUUAAUGUAAGUUUGUUGUGAUAUAUGAGUAUCUGAAAAAGUUUGAAAACAAUAUUCAGAAUUCAAAUUC